GUCGAGGGGCAUUCUGUCCGGUUCGAGAAGGCCAGUAGGGACCCUAUAUAAGAGCGGAGGUGUCGCAGUCAAGACAGUUCAGAAAAGGUGUUCACGACAGAAGGUUCACUACAGCACAGUUCAACGGUGUGGUUCUGUACGGAGCAUUACGACGGUUCAGUGCGGAGUACUGUCAAGUACAGUUGAGACGACCGGCGUCUUGAUCUUGGUCUGUGAUCGAGUCCGACACAACGAGCCUAGUGUGUGAAGUCAGUCCUGAACUGUUGAACCCAGUGCAAGCCCGGAACGAGACGGAGAGGCCAGUGCAAGAGUUGAUACGGCGGUGCGGUGUUAUCGGAGAGAUAUUUGUACAGUGUACGUGUUGCCAAUUGUACAGUAUUGGCUGUUAUUUAUUCAACUAUUAAAGUUUAACGUUACUUUGGAGCCCUAAGUUGUCAAGUUCUUUAAGUUGGUGGUGUAAGGUGCAGUUUGCAGAGAGCCUGGAUACUUCUAGUGUAAUAGAUUAGUUCAAACAAGUUGGAUGAAUUCCUUGAAGCCCAAGAUUGUGUGUUUUGUAUAGUGUGGCAUUAGUUAGCUGCCACAGUCAGAGAAAAUAAAAAUGAGCCUGAAAAAUUUGGUCUACGGAAGCAUGCUGGCAUGCAUGCUGUUUCUGAGCAGCACUAUGGGGACGAUAGUGAUGGUGACUCCCACCUUACCUGUGAUAUUUUUGAGUCCUACUUUAAGUAGACGAAUGAUGGACUUCUUGAUCAAGCUUUGGUUUCUACUAGCAGUGGCAAUGUAUGAACUGCUGAUAGGAGUGAAGAUCAAAGUCUUUGGUGAGCCAGCACUUCGUGGCACCAGCUCUCUAAUUCUGUCCAAUCACAGAACCCGACUUGACUGGUUGUUUUUGAUGUCCUAUUUGUGCAGAUACAGUGCUAUUAAUGAAUACAGAAUUUCUCUAAAAGCAUCUCUGAAAAAAUUUCCAGGUGCAGGUUGGGCCAUGCAGUGUGCUGGAUUCUUGUUUCUGAACAGGAAAUGGGAAGAAGAUAAAGAUCACAUCUCACGAGGGUUACAUUACUUUUCACAAGUCAAAUCCAAGCCACAGUUCCUGCUCUUCCCAGAAGGAACAGACAUGUGUCCCAAUGCAAUAAAAAGAAGCAAUAUGUAUGCAGAGAAAGAACAACUUGUUAAGUAUGAAUAUGUCCUUCACCCACGCACUACUGGGUUUAUACAUUUUGUCAAGGAGAUGAAGAAAGGCCACAUCAUAGACUCCAUUCUUGAUGUCACAGUAGCCUACCCAAAAAAGAUAGUCCAAAGUGAACUGCAAACUUUGAAAGGGGAAUUCCCUGAAGAGAUCCAUUUCUUUGUCAAGAAUUACCCAAUAGACACUCUACCAGAAACUGACCAAGAACUUGCAGAAUGGCUGACCAAGCUCUGGAGUGAGAAAGAGGCCAGACUAAAGAAAUUUUAUGAGGAGAAGACAUUUUCAUGUGAUGGAUCUGGCCAGGCUGGGGACUUCCUCCAGUCAGGGGACUGGGAGCUGAAAAAGUUACUCUACAGUGUGGUGGUGUUUUGGGUUGUAUUUUUGCUGGUUGUCUUUACAGGUCUCUUGAUUUCCCCUGCAUUCCGAGUGUUUUGCCUUAUUAGCAGUGCAACAUAUGUGAUCAUAGGCAUACGCCACGGUGGUGUGGAUAAUGUUAUAUACACAGCAGUCAAUAACCUCAAGAAUUGAAAUGUUUUUUGUCUCCCUUCUGUUAGCCCUUAAUGUUGAUGGUAAACCAAAGUUUUUAUUGUUUUGUAUGUUGCUAGUGGCAGUAGUCAUAGAAGGUUUGACUGAAUUCAAGCAAAUAUUUGGUCAAGUUCUCAAGCUUUUAUCAAGUUUGAUUUUCAAUUUAAAAAAUGCAAUCGACUACAAUUAUACAGAUCAUUCUUUUUCAACAGCCAUAAUAUAAGUAACUUACUAUGUCUUUGCUUCACAUUUGUGCAUAUUUAGCUCAGUGAAAAGUUCAAGUGAUCUACUGCAUUAUGUUGUAGUUACCUAUUUGAAAGACUUUGAACCACAGUACUCACUAUGGUCACCUUCAGUUCAAUGGUUUGCAGCCUAAGUAUUCAACUUUCUUUUACAGCAUUUUCUUUAGCGCAGCAUUUUAUCUACUGCUGUGUCAUAAUUAGGAUAGUCUUAUGCAAACCUGUCUGUCUAUUAGGAGAUACAAUUAACUUCAGUUGGUUUUUUUUUUUGGUCAAAUGUUUCUAGUUUCAAUUUUGGGUUGAUGUAGAGCUUGACCAUUGGGAAGUUUCAAACUUUCUUUUCUAUUUUUAUUUUAAAAAAAAAAAGCUUUGGAAUUGUAGAAAAUAGACAAAUAUUUUUUUAAGAACAUUGCAUGGACUGUCAAUCCUCAAAAGAUGUCAACAUUUAUAGUCAUAUCAUAUGCUGUAGUCUGUACCCAUCAGAUAUCUAUCUAUAAGAAGAAUUCUUAUUUGUGAUAUAACACAUUUGUCUUAAACUUUUGAUGCCAUUUAUUAUAAACCAUAUACACACUUUUCAUCAUUAAUAUUUUAUUUUUAGGUAAUGAAAAGGGGGUUGUCGGUAAGGGCUGAUAAAAUGGUGAAAUUAAUCUGGAUUAUCAAUUGGAGAAAUUAUAGAAUCAUCUAACUCGUUUGAAUUUUAUUCUAACUUAUUGUGAUAGAUGUUUUUGUUCUAGUUGUGUGCAUUACUAUGGCCAGUUGGAAUGUCUUUCAUAAGCUUUAGAUUUUGUUUAGAUACGACUCAUUUGCUGCUGCUUUAGUUGUUUUAGUGAGCCUAGCAAACUUUGGGUGCUGAGUCAUGGGGGAAAAAGGUUUUCAGAAUUAAGUUUUGAUUUUGUUUGAUACAAUAGCAUUACAGUUUGUUAUGAUUUAGAGUGUUCCUGUUAGUGUACAAGCAGAAAUGUUGGGGCGUUUAUGUUGUGGGUUCCUGUCUAGCUGUUGGAUCUUCUCUGGCAUUUUCUCUUACAAAACAAGAAAGUUAAAUGUUGAUAUAUACAACUAUAUUGACUUUUUAAAAAUUUUAACAAAGAUGAAACAUUUUAUCAUUUUUCAUUCAAAGAAAUUAUAUGUUCAGUUUUUUAAAACUGUUAACUUUAAAACUCAGCAUUUCAUUUCUUAAUAGGAUUAAUUGGAAUUAAUUAAUGUUUAUAUUUUAUUCUUCAAAAAGCAGCAUUUUCAUUUACUUUUAUUUAUUUUAAACUUAAUGAAGAUACAAUUUUAUUGUCUUUGUAUAUUUCUUUGUUGAUUUGUUUUUCUUAUUUAUACAUUAUUACUCAGUCCAUUAAACAAUACACAUUUGUAUUGCUUUUGAAUACUCUAAUGAAGUGAAUACCAUAUUUAUUUGUGUUAGAUGCCAUAUGAUUUAAAGAUUUUUUAAAAUCAUUUUUCUAUGUAAUUCAUUGACUCUCAGUGCCAACUUGUAGUCUGAUAUAGUCAAGAUAUUCAGUUCAUUUCAUUUCUAAAUAAAAACAUAAAAUAAAUGUAAAAAAAAAUAAUAACACACAAUAUUUAACCUUUUUCUCUGUAGUAAACUCAGACAUGUACUUUAAAAUCUUUUUAAUCCUGUAAUUAAAUAACCCCAUAGUUUGCCCCUUCAAAUUUUAUUUAAUAGCCCAUUGAUCAGAAGUCCAUCAAGCUAUUUUCUGAAUUUAAUGUUAAUGUGAAAAAUUUUUUUUUGAAAUAUUUAUAAUUGAGAAUUACAUUGCAGAAAAAUAUUUAUUUGAAUAUUAAAAUUUCCCCUCAAAAACAUGUUUGAUGCAUUUCAGUUCAAAAUGUAAAUCUUAUGCUGUGUUUAGCAAACAAAUUGUAGUUCUGACAUUUUUCAACAAAUAAUACCAAGAUUUAUUCUUAUGCAAAAAUGCAUAGCCAUUUCCCUUAUAUCGCACAAAGGAACAUUUUUAGUCAGUUUCAGUUGCUUGAAAUCUAACCAUACAGUGUCAUGCCUCAAGUUUUACUUCACAUUUGAAAGCAUUAUUUUUGUUAUUUUGUAAACUCCCCCCUUAUUAUUUUUUUAAGCAUUACUUUACAUUCUAUGUAUUUUUUGGUUGUCUGUUUUCUUCAGAUAGUUAUUAAUUAUCGUUAACACUGUCUGUUAAUUUUGCAUAUUUGUCUGAUUGUUCACACUGACUUCUGUUAUGAGAGUCUGAAAGAUGUGAGACAGUAUCAUUAAGCAGACAAAAAUAAUCUAAUUAUGUUUUGUUUUCUUAAACAGAACUUAUAGUAUUUUUCAAAAUGUUCAUUUCAAUGAAGAAUUAUUGCAUUUGGUUGAUAUGUAAUUCAUAGUUACCAAUAGUCCGUAGAAACUAUUCUGUCUACAUUUAGGUUGUUACUACCUCAAAGGUCUACUUUACAAAAGUAGGGAACUACUUCUGUACUGUGAAGAUAAGAAUACCUUGAUGGGCCAUUCUAAAGAAGCUUGAUAUCCAAUACAUUCUCUGGUUUCCAGUAUCUGAGACUCAUGGGAGCUUGUUGUAAUCUUCAAAUACAAAAACAAAAUUUAAUAAAAUACUCAGAAAGAUACAAAGAUAAAGGCACAUUCCUCAUCCCAUAUGCUAGGACAAAUUUGUACAAAUACUCCUUCUUCCCUAAUGCUAUUAGAACAUGGAAUGGGUUGCCUGAGUUAGCCAGGAAAACCAUUUACUUGGCAGAAUUUAAGUCAUUGGUUAAUAUGCAUGACUGAUUGCAUGACGCGUAGGACGUAAUCAUCUUCUUUUUUGAAGUAACGUCUGUAGUGUAUUAGAUAAGAUAAGAAGAUCAUACGUCUUAUGUACAGAACUAAAUUGUUUUGCUUGAUCACUGAAAAGCGCUGUGACAUUUAAUGUUAAACAUUUUACUGGUCAUCUUUAUGUUACAAGACAUUUUUUUAACCCUUAUCUGUGGUGAUCUUGACAUCACAUUUAGUGUUUUAGUGAAUUAUGCUAGACAUGAAGUGAUGGAAACUUUAGUGUUUUAGUGAAUUAUGCAAGACAUGAAGUGAUGGAAACUUUAGUGUUUGUUGUCCAUCCUUUCUGGUGAGGAUCUUUUCUAGGAUUAAUUUCUUUGUUUUCAGGCUAGAAUAAUUUUCACUUUGUUGAUGUGCAGGUCAGACUUUUUAAAAAACAACUGAGUUUUGUUUUGUUUUUGUCUUCUGAAGGGAAACUAAGUUUGCCCACUGCCACUAAAAAAAAAAGUGUUUUGACUUCAAUUGUUUAAGGUACCAAAUUAUGUACCAAUCAAAAAGAAACUAAUUUUAAUGUUAGUAUUCUUCAAAGACCUCUUGCAGUUAGGAUUUCUUAUUCAGCCAGUUUUGUUUACCCUUGAGGAGGCAGAAGUCAGUCCUAAUGUUCCAGUGUAACUUGUAUGCAUUGUUUAAUGUUGAACCAAAUUUUUGUUGUUUUUGUUUUUUUUUAGCUGGACUAGUGUGCUCUAAGUUCACUUAUACUUGGGAUACUCUUACCAUUUUCUUAUUUAACUCCUUCUAAAAACAGUUUUUAUCUACUUUUGAAUCCAAAUCUAAUAUUUUCACAACUUGUCUAAGUGAUUAGUUAUAAUAAAAAGAAACAUUAAAUUUUGUCAGCGAUUCUAAGUUUUUAGUUUGAUACAAUCUUAAAAACAAUUUUUCAAAAUUCAUAGAAAAAUAAAUAUUAUCUAACAAUGACAUUAUGUAAGACUGUACUCAUGUAAUAAAGAUUAAAACAUCUUUUGCUUAGAUUUUAAACUUAUUAUUUUCAAUUAUAAUCCUUAUUUAAUUGUCCCUAAGUUUCACAGGAUUGAUAUUUCCUUAGACUAAUUUUAUUUAUCACAUACUGGCACUUACAAAGACAAAAGUUGUAACAAAUUAAGUUCAGUUUUAGUAUUGACAAAGGAAAAAUAGCAAACAAUAAAGAUUUAGUUUGUUCCUUAUCUUGACUUUGUAAUGAGAAGUUUUAUAUCAGUAUUUAUAUAUUUCAAUGUAAUCUGUAGUGUUUUGUAGGGUAUUAGGUUCUUAUCUGUGUACUGUAUUUUAUCAAUGCUAUCAUACUAAAUUUUUGUUGUUUAUUAAAUUGGAUUUUUAGA